AUAACUGAAGUAAUAAAACAGGUUUUUGAAACCACGCGAUAUAUAUGCAGCUAGUCAACUUCCCAACCCGCAAAACUUCAAGCGUCUUUAAAGUGAGAACUUCAAGUUUAUAAUUCACCAUGUGGAAGAAAUUGAUAUUCCUUACAGUACUAGGAGUCUUAGUGGAAUUCAGUUAUGCUGAAAGAGAAAAAUCUGAAUGUGAACGACAUCGCGAAAGAGAAGCGGCUAGCACUGCACCUCUGCCGCUGAGGAUGGUCCCUGACUGCGAAGAUAACGGAGACUACAAGCCAAAGCAGUGUUUCAGGGACAGCAAGUUCUGUGCCUGCUGGGAUAAAACCGGCAACCCCGUCACUCAACCCUCUGGGAAAAUCAAGAGCUGCAAGUGUAUUUUGGAGAGGCAUGUUGCUGAGAGUGGAGGAUUGAUUGGAGCUUUCAAACCAGUCUGUGAAGAGGAUGGUAAAUACAAGAAGGCUCAAUGUCACGGUUCCACCGGCCAUUGCUGGUGCGCCCAUCCAGAAACUGGAGAUAAACUAACCGAACCAGCAAGAGGAGAACCUCAAUGUGAUUAAUCCAUUUGCUUCUUUGUCCAUCAUGAUUUUCAUGCUAUGUUUUUGACUUAAAAUAAAAGUAUCAUAUAUUUUCUCCAUCA